GCGACUGCCACUGCCGACUUGUCGGGCUCAUGCCCCAUCCGAUCACUCACUCACGCCCGCCCUCAUCCACCUAACUCCUAACUAUUCCCAUCCUCCUCUCAUCACUUUCACUCCUCUCUCAAACAUGGCCUUGUCAAACCAGAUAUUUCUGCCUCAAUUGGAAGCAGCAACGGCUGCUGCAGCACGCCAACCAUGGCCCCCGACAAGUCGUAUUUUGACUCGAUCGCCACCCCUGCCGCCUACCAGCGCUUGGCCCACUCCUUGGGUGAAGACCAAAGCGUGUCCGACGUCCUGAACAAGACGAGCACAAGCAAAUGGGACCGUUCCCACCUCGUCGCGCUCCGCGUGUUGGUGAGAGGCACUUUUUGGAGUCAAUACCCAGAAACAAGAACAGCGCUGAGCGACAUUCUUCGAGGCCGGGACAGAACCGGCGACGAGAGCACCCUGACCGAAUACCAACUCUCCAAACAAGGCAACGAUCCGUCUCUCGGCCGGAUCUGGGCGGCCUUGAACCGGCUUGAAGCACCAUUGGGCAGCUUGGUCGCGCCCGAUGUUGACGAGUACUCUACCAUGCCCUACAUCAGCAACCGCACCGCCAACCACAGCAACGAUGAAGACGACGAUGAAGACAGCAGUGGGCCGAGCCCAAGCGAGCAGAACAGGGCCCCGACCACCCCUCCCACACCGAAUCUACCGCCCCCAAAGAGGACCCGCACGGCGCCCUCGGCCUACCCCGGCAUGGUCACGAUGCCCGAAAGUAGUCCCGGAACAGCAGCAGCAGGUUCCUCGCCGCACUCGGCAAACUACACACCCGAACACGAAAUAACCUCCGGCCGCAGCAGCGCCGAGGAUCUGACCUUUGACUUCAUUGCUGCCGUUCUCCGCCACUUGCUGCUCCACGUGCCGCCCCAACACGCUUACGAGCCCGACGAGGGUGAUACGGCGCCACUCGACUUUGACGCCCUCAAGCUCCCUCUUCGCUCCGUCAUAUCUCGGGUCGCCUUCACGUCCGUGGACGACGGGGGUCUGUGGAUCAAGCCCAUGUCAAAGGUGUCGCGUGCCCGCGUGGCUAUUCUGGAGACAAAGCGGGCCAUUAGUCGCAUCGUCGACGGCAAGCCCGAUUUCUCCAACGAGUUGCUGGCGCAGGUUGUUGGGGAGUCUCUUGCCGUGCGUCUGGGGAAAGACCUGUGGCUGGGGCCAAAAGAAAGUGUCAUCGUCAUCGUCGCCGCACGUUACUUUAUACGUUUUCUUGAGAUUAAGAUCUCGGACCAAUACCUCGAAAGUCUCAAGGAACAUAUUUAUGAGAAGGCCACCUUCCUGGAGUUCAUCAAUGUCGAACACACACGCUGGUUCGACUUUAGGGACGCCACAGAUCGUCUGCAGGUCAUUCGUAACGUUUCCGGUAUCGUGACGGUCACGCAACAAGCGUUUGAUGUAUAACUGAGAUGUGGCAUUGGUGUGCUACAAAUAUGAGUGAAGCGAGUCUCUUAAGCUGUCACCUGUUGCCCGGCGAUUUCAGGCCACAGGCCACAUGCUAUGGGGUCGAGUCCGGUGAAAGAGCUCGGCUCAAGCCCAGCUCGUGAAGCUGUUCCUCACGAGAAGAGCCGAGUCUCGAGUCCCGGGGUCCGGGGUCCGGGGGGUAAUGAGGGGCGUAUACGGGAUUAGA